AUGUGGGAUUGGAACACCCCAAUGGAAUUAGAGCUCACAUCCUUGGUAGGAAGUUCGUGUUCAUGGAACAUUGUCAUUCUUCUUACAUGCAGUUUUAGAAUAUAUUUGAUAUGGUGCUUCUUAUUGCUCUCCCUUCUUCUAUUCCUUAUUAAUUUGGGGGUGUUGUUUUUGCUUAACUUGGCUUUCAGCUGUUGGUCUGAGUUUUUUUGAAUACUUUUGCACGUUCUACACAUGCGAUGCCCCUUUCCCUGAGUUCAUUGUCUUUAUCUUGUUAAUAAGAUUCUGUGUGACACUAGUGAUGUGGAGCACAAAUUGGCACAAUAAACCUCUGGUUCUUUCUGAGCUAAUGAACUGCUGGAGGAGGUGAAGAUCCCAGUUCGCUGACAGUCAUUUUCAAAGUACCAGAAAAUGGCUUUCUUGGCUUCUCUCUGUUUCUCCUGGCGUUCAGAGUUCUCUCUCUUUCUAAGACUUUUUGACAGCACUUUAGUAAUUAAAAGGGUAGCUUUCUUAACAAGCCUUAUUUCACUGCAAAUCAACGAUAUCCUAGGCAAGAAAUAGUAUAGCACAUCAAUACAUGAUAACUUUCUUUUGAAAUCUCCAGAGCUGAUGAAUACACAUACAGGGUUACCAAAGAACCCACACACUCCCCAUUUCUGGGGCCAAGCUGAUGUCCAUGGAUUAAAAACAAAGAAAUAAACUAAACUCCAUAUAUAUAACACCAGUGGUUCUGGCAAGCAAAGGAGUUCAAAUUUAAUGUUGCCAUGAGCCUUCAGCAUGCUUGCUUUCUCUGGUUACCUCUAUGGGUGGAACACCCCUAUUUUCUUGGUUGUACAUGUUGCAGAACUGGACAUUUGUGCAUGUUGUGGACUGGACAAGAUUCCAUCGGAAGAACUUUCUGAUAGUAAGAGCUGUUCAACAGUGGAACAGACUCCCAUGAGAUGUGGUGGACUCUCCUUCCAUGAAGGUUUUUAAGCAGAGGUUGAAUGGCCAUCUGUCAUGCAUGAUUUAGCUGAGAUGCCUGCAUUGCAGAGGGUUGGGCUAGAAGAUGACGCUUAGGGUCCCUUCCAACUCUACAUUUCUAGGAGUUGCUAACUUAGUGCCUCCAGAUGUUGCUGCAAGUUCAAUCAGCCCCUGCUAGCAUGACCAAUAGUCAGGAAUAAUGGAAACUGAAGUCCAACAAUGUCUGAUUAUCUCUGCAAUCUCCUUAAUUGUACACUACAGGCGAUCUUAACUGUACACUACACAGUAUUCCAAAUGUGGUCAUGCUUGUUUUUCUAUAUGUUGUUGUAUCUUUAACAAUACUUUCCACCAGUUUUUCCAGGACAGACUGAUUUUCACUGAUGUUGUUAGAUCCAUUCCUACAGCAAUGUUUCCUGACUUUUUCUCCUCCAAUUACCAGCUGAGAGGAGACUGUUCUUUGGAAGUAGAUGAAAUGGGAAUUAAUGUUAAAAGACCAUCCAGAAAGUCUGUCACUAAGAUGUUAUGUAAGUAACAAAUUUGUGCUUUGCAUUAUGAAUGAAUGUGAGGCAGGCCAAUGUAUGAUAAUGUAUUUUAGGAUAAGGUUACCAGACGUCCCUAUUUCCCGGGGACAUUUCCCAGAUGGCAGUCAAACGUGGCAAUCCCUAUUCGCACUGCGUCCCUGCACUUUUAAUCAGAGAUGCAGAGUAUGUAUGUGCAGUGUAUUUCAGGAACCAAGCCCGCAACCCUGUACUACUAACCAGGGAGUAAGUCCCAUCAAAUUCAAUGAGGUUCAUUGUUUAGUACAAGGGUAGUCAACCUUUUUAUACCUACCACCAACUAAUAUAUCUUUCUUGAUAGUAAAAUUUCCUUACCGCCCACCAGUGCUCGAUGGAAGGAAGAUUCAGCUUGUGCCGUAGAACCCCCUACCGCCCACCUGGAAUCCUGAAACGCCCACUAGUGGGCAGUAGGGACCAGGUUGACAAUCCCUGGCUUAGUAGAUGCACAUUGGGUUGCCGUGAACCAGGACUUUCCACUUCUGCUUGUGAUUAAUUUUGAAAAAGAACUCGGAAGCUUCCAUGCAAUUACAGCCACAAAGAACUGUACAAAGCAAUUUUAACCUCUUUCAUACAUGAAUAAUUAUUAGUUUAGCAACAGCAACAAUAGUGUCACUAUAUCUUGCCCAAGGCAACCCAAAGUGACUUACAACCAAUGAAUACAUCUGGAAAGCAUUAUGCAUGUGUCUGUCUUGAUACCAUUAGGUGCAAGACUCCUUUAGGACUCUUGCACCUGUGGGUGAGAUAGAUCUGGUGUCUAUGCAGGCACACAACUGAUUUUUUUCAAAUCUACAUGUAGGCUAAGCUCACCAACAGAUACAGGAGUCCUGAGAGAGUCUUGCAUCUCGUAGUUACAUUAUGUGGCAGAUGCUAAAAUAGGGAUGGGGAAGAAUCUUAAUUCAGUUUCCACUUACCAGUAAAUGUGAUUCACACUUCCCAAAACAAUAUGCUGUCAUCCUGCGGCUAAGUAAUAUGUACAUAAAAGCACGCAGCAUGGUAAAGUGUGCAUAAAAGGCAUAUAUUUGUGAAAACAAUAUCCAAAGUGCAUUAUGUUAGGGAAAAUGUUCAUACUAAGAUAAAUUUGCCUAACAUGCUGAUGAAUUUUCAUGAUGAAUUCUUUUUAAAUCACAAGCUGAUGUGGGAAUGUGGAUAACUGAACUUAAUAUUACCAAAAAGAGAAGAAAAAGAACGGUGAGAGACCAAAAUUGACACAUUUGCCCAUUCCUCUGAUGGAAUAAUAAAAUGUCCCAUGAGAAGCAGUGCCAGACCUUCAGUUUAUACAGCCCCAUCCAAAUUUGCACUGGCAAUGGCUUGUCUAGAGUUCACUUAUUCUAAGUAGAAUGUUCAUUAAGAACCAGUCAAGUAUUUAUUUCCACUUGUAAAAUAACACACUGAUUUAAAAUAUAUAUCAAUGACAUACUGAAGCCUGUUAUCAGUGUAGAAUCAAACUUUUAUUGUAAGCUAAUUUCAUCUUGUAUGAGCAAAACAGAAUGUUACAAAUGGGGAAAAAAAUAUUUCUGUUUGAUUAAAGUGGGAAGCUUUCUGAAGUAUUCGCUUUCUUGAAUCACCUGGUUUGAUGCAGUAAAAUAGCAGCCUAUAUGUCUUGCUCUUCCCUCAUUCUUCUCUCUCUGACAGUUGUCCUAGUAAUCGUUUUCGGCAUAUGCUGGGCUCCGUUCCACACAGACCGACUCUUCUACAGCUUUGUCGUAAACUGGACAGAACCUCUUGCCAAUAUGUUCAACUUAAUCCAUGUGGUGUCAGGUAACUUUCUCUUUCUCACAGUUUGUUCAGCACAAGCAAAGCUUCCUAAAAGAAAACUCUGAUGGUUAUGUUCAGUCAGAAUGACAUAAAAUGACCCUCUGAUAAACCAAUGAAAACUAUAAUUCAACAAACUGAGACUUGGAAAGAAUGUUCUCCAGUGAACAGCAACUGCUGAAUGAAAAUGUGUUUUCUUCCUCUCUUCCACACUACAAAGGGCCAUGGGUCAGGCAAAAGGCAGUAGCAGACAGUGGGGUGAAGUGGGGUGCUCACCUGACCUCUGGUCACCCAUGUUGCUGCUGCAUACCAGGGCAGAGAGGUGGUGUGGUGGCAGGGUUGGUGCAGUGCAAAUGCACUAACAGGAGCACAGAAUUGGCUCCUCUGGUACAUUUGCAAUGGGCUAUCCUGGUAUGCAGCAGUGAUGCAGGUGACUGAAGUCAGGGCGGACUUUGGUCUUUCAAAUUUCAGCAGCGCCCUGUGCUUGCCCCAUCUCUUGUCUUCCAUUUUGCUCUAUCCAUUGCUCAGGCUUCAUGCUCAGUGCUGCAGAACUGGUCAUGCUGCCCUAAACCCACCUCUGCUGAAGGUCCGAUGAUUGCCACCACUCCACUGUCCACUACUGGAUGAAGGUUCCAGCCUUUCUUCCUCCAAAGUCUGUGCUCCUGUGCUACUGUAGGUGGGGGAAGCAUUAUAUUGCAAAUCAAUACAAAUACUCUCCCUCUCCCUCCGUCCUUGAUAGCUUAGAUGUGACUUAAAGACCCAUAAUAUAAAUCUGUGCUAAGGUUCAGAAAACAGAGAAGGUGCAAAGCUGCCACAAUGCUAGUUGCUUGGACCUGUAUCUUUAAGAAAAGCAUGACUUCUUAAGGCUAUCGUGACCCACACUCAGCAUUUUUACUCAUAAAAAUAAGCAAGACCCAUUAUUAUUGCUACUAGGAGCCAGUGUGGUGUAGCAGUUAAGAGCGGUAGACUCGUAAUCUGGUGAACCGGGUUCGCGUCUCCGCUCCUCCACAUGCAGCUGCUGGGUGACCUUGGGCUAGUCACAUUUCUUUGAAGUCUCUCAGCCUCACUCACCUCACAGAGUGUUUGUUGUGGGGAAGGAAUAGAAAGGAGAAUGUUAGCCGCUUUGAGACUCCUUCGGGUAGUGAUAAAGGGGGAUAUCAAAUCCAAACUCUUCUUUUUCUUCUUCUACUAGACUAUCUCUUAUAUAGAUGGGAUAAUAAACAAAACGUUCUCUUUGCUGAUUUCUCAGCCAAGCAAGGAAUCUCAUUAGAAAGUACAAGGAAGAAAUAGAUAGACAGAUAGACAGAUAGACAGAUAGACAGAUAGAUAAUAGAUGAUAGAUGAUAGAUAUAGAUAGAUAGAUAGAUAGAUAGAUAGAUAGAUAGAUAGAAGAUAGAUAGAUGAUAGAAAUUCUUGUUGUAGGUCCAAGGGUUUAUAAGCACCUAAUUAUAUUACUGCUGCAGACACAAUGCAGAUACAUAGGGUGCAAUAACCACCAGCCGAGCAACUCUAGUAUUUAGUGGAAAUCCAUUAUGAUGGCUGAAUACCGGAUACACCACAACUAUGACAGAUGAACCCUGUUUGUGCUUCUUGCUUGUCUGAAUGGAGGAUAGAGUGCUGUGUGUAACAAAGCAUUCAUUGCUCCUUGCACUUUUGCCUCUGGCCCCAGUCAUUGCUGGCAUAUGAGAAGGGGGGGGGGGGAGGUUGCUCAGAAGGAAAUGCGGCUCUCGAAGUUUCCCCACUCCAGCUUUAAAGCACACACACACACUCCUUAAUUUAUAUAUAAUUAGGCAGACCUGUCUUUGAAAGACACAGGUUUGCUAUCAGCUGUCAUGUGGUAAUUUAGGUUGGUCCCAAGGUGUAGCAGAUCAUUUUCUUACAAGCUUUGAACAUAACAGCUCCUUUCCCUUAACUGCUUUGUAUUCAGACUGGAGCACUGUAAUCUCUUUGACAGCACUGCAAUAAUUUUUGUCUUGGAGAACAAGUGCAGCUAAUAUAUCUAAAAAACAUUGCCUUUAAUUAGGCAGAAACAGGGGCUGUAAAUGCACCACCUGAUAAGACUAGCCUUGUUCCUGUCAGCCAGUUAAGCUGAGCAGAGGAACUAUAGCUCACAAGUUGUAUUCCUGUUUCUUUCUGCUGUUUCCCCUCUCCUAGGCAUUUUCUUCUAUCUGAGUUCUGCUGUUAACCCUAUAAUCUACAAUUUGCUGUCCAGGCGUUUUAGGAUGGCUUUCCUGAGUGUCAUCUUUCCUCAGUGCAAACACUGGCACCCCAGACACACUACCAGUCGCCUCCCAUCCCAGCGGAGCAUCUUCAUGCUUGGGGAACUCAAUGUUGCAGGGUCUGCAGAAGAAAGAAGCCAUCCAUAUCCGCAGAGGUCGUCUGUCUGCAGCUCUCAACUGUCUGGCGGUCUGUGA